UAAAUGAUUGUGGCUUAACAGACAAAAGCUGUCCAGCUCUGGCUUCAGUUCUUGGAUCAGAUACCAAUCUGAAAGAGCUGAACAUGAACAAUAAUAAUCUGCAGGAUUCAGGAGUGAAGCUACUCUGCACUGGCCUGGAGAAUAUAAACUGCAAAUUAGAGAUACUGAGACUUUCAGACUGCAGUAUCACUGAAGAAGGUUAUAAAGCUCUGUCUUCAGCUCUGAUAUCAAACCCUUCACACCUGAUAGAGCUGGAUCUCACAGGAAAUGAUCCUGGAGAAUCAGGAGUGAAUCAGCUCUGUGAUUUACUACAGGAGCCAAAUUGUCAACUCAACACACUGAGGUUUUUGGGUCCUGCUGCAGAUGAAGGCUGUCAGUAUGUGACUGGAAUUGUGGAUGAAGUGGACGAUGCGGACUCGCCAUAA